AUUCUUGCCUUAGUCUCGAUUUCCCGAGGUAAAGACUCUCUUAAUGGCCUCAAGGCCCUCGCGAUUCAUAACCUCCUCUCUUCGCAACGUCUCCUCCUCCGCCGCCUCCAGUAAUAAUCUGUUCUCCAUCUUCUCCGGUCGUUCUUCUCCUUCUUUGGGGAAGGGAAGCCUCCGUUUCUCGCCGGCGUUGCCUUCCGUCGGGGUCGUCCGCGGCUUCGCAUCGCUUUACCGCCACCAGCUCCGGCAACAGCGCGUUAAGGGUGGUGACACGCCGGAAACGAUGGCUCAGAAGAUCGGAAAGUCGAUCCGCUGUCCCGGCGCUCCGUCGAAGGCUAGGGUUUACGCCGAUGUCAACAUCGUCAGGCCCAAGGAGUACUGGGACUACGAGUCCCUCACCGUUCAAUGGGGUGAACAGGAUGAUUACGAGGUGGCGAGGAAGGUCGGAAGGGGCAAAUACAGUGAGGUGUUUGAGGGUAUACACACCACUGAUAAUGAAAAAUGCAUUAUCAAGAUUCUGAAACCGGUGAAGAAGAAGAAGAUUAAGAGGGAAAUUAAGAUUCUGCAGAACCUUUGUGGCGGUCCAAAUAUUGUGAAAUUGCUAGAUAUUGUUAGAGAUCAGCAGUCAAAGACUCCCAGCUUGAUAUUUGAGUAUGUGAAUAACAAGGAUUUUAAAGUGCUCUAUCCAACACUCUCAGACUACGAUAUUCGAUAUUAUAUCUACGAACUUCUGAAGGCAUUGGACUAUUGCCACUCGAGGGGAAUCAUGCACAGAGAUGUGAAACCACAUAAUGUGAUGAUUGAUCAUGAACAACGAAAGCUACGUCUAAUUGACUGGGGAUUGGCAGAAUUCUAUCAUCCUGGAAAAGAGUACAACGUCCGUGUAGCUUCUAGGUACUUUAAAGGUCCAGAGCUGCUGGUUGAUUUGCAGGAUUAUGACUAUUCUCUAGACUUGUGGAGUCUUGGAUGCAUGUUUGCUGGAAUGAUAUUCCGCAAGGAACCAUUCUUCUAUGGCCAUGACAACUAUGAUCAGUUGGUCAAAAUUGCAAAGGUGCUUGGUACAGAUGAACUUAAUGCCUACCUAAACAAAUACCGGAUAGAGAUGGACCCGAAUCUUGCAGCACUUGUUGGGAGACAUAGCCGGAAACCAUGGUCAAAGUUCAUAAACUCUGAGAACCAGCACUUGGCAGUUCCUGAGGCGGUUGAUUUUGUUGACAAGUUGCUGAGAUACGAUCACCAAGAAAGGCCGACCGCCAAAGAAGCCAUGGCGCAUCCGUAUUUCAAACCGAUCAUCAGAAACGCAGAAAGCAGCAGCCACUGACACUGUCUUUUCCCUUUCCUCCAUUUGUUGAAAACUCAACUGGAUUUCUUUAUUAUUCAUGUUUUCUCAACCUCAAAAAAUGUUGUUUCUUACUUCACAUGUCAUCAUCAAGUGUUGGAUGUUUUUGCCUGCUUUUAUAUUACAUA